GAUAAUUGAAUUGAUUCUCUCACAUUUGAGCAUUAAUGAAAUGCAACCAACUUUUCUCAAUUUUCUUUACUUAUUAUUAGCUUAGAUUCAAAACACAAAAAUUAUACUCUACUUGUACUAAGCUAAGCUACAAAAAAUGAAAAACUCAACAAAACUACUAGUAUUCUUGUUCCUAAUUACAAGUUUGGUAUCAAUCCAAAUUACUUUAUCCAAUGCUCAACCUCCCUUAAUUGAUCCUUACGCAUUUUUCCACAUAAUUCCGAACCCGGAUGGCUCAAUCACUCGAAUCAAAGAGUAUUACCCGACCGUUCCACCCAACACAUCCUCUAACAUUGCUUUCUCUAGAGAUGUCCCUCUGAACCCCGUUAAAAAGACGUGGGUUCGACUCUACUUACCCAACAAGUCCGAUAACUAUAACCUUCCAAUAGUUGUUUUCGCUCAUGGUGGUCAGUUCAUUCUAUUGAGCACGGCCACCCCUCAAUUUGAUUCAUUUCUCUCAAACACAGCGAAUAAUCUUAACGUGUUAGUUGUCUCGGUUGAGUACCGGCUAGCCCCCGAGCACCGCCUUCCUGCUGCCUACGACGACGUUUUGGAUGCCUUGUAUUGGGUGAAGGAAAAAAAUGACGAGUGGGUGAGAAAAUAUGGAGAUGCUUCUAGGUGCAUUUUGAUGGGCGAGAGUGCAGGGGGCAACAUUGUAUACAACGUAGGAUUACGAGCGUCUGUUCUAACCAACGAGCUAAGGCCGUUGGUUAUCCGAGGUUCGGUUCUAAUACAACCGUUUUUUGGAGGAUCAAGUCGUAAUAAGGAUGGUAAUUUUCAAGCAGUGGAUGAUUUAUUGUGGCAUAUGUCUCUACCCCUUGGAGCUAAUUGGAACAACCCUUACUUUAACCCUAUGUACGGUGGCGGAUCGUGUAAUUUGGAUAGAAUCAAAGGUUUGGGUUGGAGGAUUGCAAUUGCGGGUUGUGAUGGGGACUUCAUUUUUUACAGGCAAUUGGAGGCGUUUAAAUUUCUUCAGAGACGAGGGGUGAAUGUUGUUGGUAAUUUUAGUAGAGGGUUUUACCAUGGUGUUUUUAUUGGUGAUGCUACUAAAGCUCAAAUGCUUUAUCAAUUUGUAAGGAAUGUAUUUUCACCUUAUGUAACUUCUUGAUGUGAAAAUGCAUUCUUAAUUGUGCAUGUUAUCUUAUUAUAGUAAGUCUUGACUCACAUAUAUAUAUUUCAAAUCAUAUAGAGUCCAUUAGUGUGGUUUCUGGCUAAUAAUCUACUAGUCUAUGCAAAGUUGCUGAAUUAUUCA